AUGACAACAUCCCAACCAACAGAAUCCAAUUUUCAAAUUAUCGAUAUUCGUGAAUAUACAUUUAGUAAAGAAUCACUAAUUGAAGCAAUCAUUAAUGGUUUAAAUAAACCUGAAAAUGUCAUAAAAACCAUUCCUACCUUUUUGUUAUACGAUGAUAGAGGAUUACAAUUAUUUGAUGAAAUUACUCACCUCAAAGAAUAUUACCUAACUAAUGCAGAAAUCGAAAUUUUGAAAAAUGAGGCGGAUCGUAUUGUUGAUCACAUCAAAGAUAAUAGUGUGGUCAUUGAACUUGGUUCAGGAUCGCUACGUAAGACCAAACUAAUUCUUGAUUCAUUGGAAAAAAAGAAAAAAAAUAUAACCUACUAUGCUCUUGAUCUUAUGGAAUACGAACUUAAAAAAUCUUUAAGUUCACUUGGAAAUUACGAAAACAUUAAACUUAUGGGUCUUUGGGGAACUUAUGAAGAUGGGAUCAAAUUUAUUGGUUCUUUAAGUGAUAACAAUAACUGUGCUAAUGGUUAUUCUAAUGGCGAUUCUAAUGGUAGUUCUAAUGGCAAUAGUGGUGAUAAAUUGUCUAAAACAAUUUUAUGGUUAGGUUCAUCAUUAGGAAAUUCUACUAGAGAAGAUGGAGCGGAUUUUAUCAUAAGGCUUCAAAAUCAAUCUAUGGAUCCUGGUGAUUUAUUUUUGGUUGGUAUUGACAGAAAAAAUGAUCCUGAUAAAAUCAGAAUUGCAUAUGAUGACCCUAAAGGUGUUACAAGAGACUUCAUUAUCAAUGGGUUAAAUCAUGUUAAUACUAUUCUUGGUCAAAAAAAUUUCAUUGAUCCUAAUGAUUUUGAGUAUGAUUCAUUCUAUAACGAGAUCGAAGGUAGACAUGAAUCUCAUUAUAAAUCUAAGAAAGAUAUGACGUUGAAAUAUAAUCACCAACAAGGAGGAGAAGAGAAAGAAAUUGUAAUAAGUUUGAAAAAAGACGAAUUGAUUCAUGUUGAAUAUUCAUAUAAAUAUGAUGAAAAAGAUCUGGAUCAACUUUUUCAUAAAGUAAGACUUUCUCAUGUUGAAAGUUGGACAGAUACACAAUCUCAAUAUGACCUCCAUCUGUUAAGUAAACCACCAUUUUAUUUUAGUCACGGUAGCGAUGAUGUUUCGUCGCGAGAAUUUAUACCAACAUUAGAAGAAUGGAAAGAAUUAUGGAAAUCAUGGGACACAAUAUUAAUGAGUAUGAUCUCAUCAAAAAUGCUACUUGAAAAACCUACCGACCUUAGAAAUCCACUUAUAUUUUAUUUAGGACAUGUUUCAGCAUUUAUGGAUAUCUAUCUUUCCAAAUAUCACAAUGAAAAAAAUACUGAACCAAAAAAUUUUAUAGAAAUUUUUAAAAGGGGUCUUUAUUCCAAUGCACAUUCAGUAACACCAGUUGAAUGGCCAGGAAUUGAUAAAGUUAUAGAUUUUCCUAUGCAUCUUGAGACGGUUCUUUAUAUGUUGAUACAAUCAUCGUCUACUUUACAGCCAAAAGGAGUUGGCAACACACCCUAG